AUAGCUCCACCCCCUGAGUUGCGUCCCAUUAAUCGAAGGGAUAUGCUAAGCCAUGGGCAUAAAUUAAUCGCAGCAUCCUUCGAUGUGCUGACAUUGAAAAUUAGCAAGCACGCUCCGGCCCACGCUGACCCUAAAAAACUAAUCGAAUCUGACAGGUGGAAGCUGUGCUGGCGGAUAUAAAAAUGGCUGGCGACGGCGGAAAGUGCACCACAUCCUGUACAGCAUCACAUCCAGCAAGACCAUGAUGUUCCGCUCCGUGAUCACACUGCUCCUGCUGCUGAUCCCGCUCCUGAAACCCGCACAGGCAGUAAAUGUGAUUCAGGUUUGCGGACCCGCGUUGACGGAAGUGUUGGCGGUUGUGUGCCAGAACGAAUACAACUCAAUGUUUCAAAAACGAGCUUACCCGGAUCUGGGCCUUUUUGGUUAUGAGAACAAUCUGGUGGAUAACGACGAUGCCAAUGCGGUCGCGGAUUUCGAACCCCACCAUCCACGGACUAGCUCACUGAUGGGCGUGCGGCGCGAUUUUCGUGGCAUUGUGGACGACUGCUGCUAUAAGCCGUGCACCAUGAAAGAAGAUGAAAGUGUACUGCAAAUACAGCAACUAAAUGGAAUCCAAACCAUUGUAAAGAUACCUGACAUAAUGUAACCACGAAAAAUUCCGUUCUGUUAAAUAAUAGUAUAUGCACGCAUGUUAUGCAAAUAAAAUUUAUUAACGCAUUACAAA